AAUUAUUCGUUUUUAUUUAUUUAUUAAUUUAUGGUAAUCGAACAGCCACAAAAAGCUAGACAGUGUGACAGGCCCCAAUCGUAAAUAAAUUUAUCGAUAACAUAAGCCACUACAACGCUGUGGUGCGGUAGAAAAGUUAAAUUUCCAAGAAUUAAAAGUGGUUUGUUUUUAGUUUUCCAAGCAGAAUGAGCGAUGAGCAGCCGAUGGACGUGGAUCUGGGCCUCUCGUUCAGCAUCCGGGACUACGUGGUGAACCAGAAGAUGGGCUCCGGCUCCUUUGGGGACAUCUACCAGGCCAGGCAUCGCCAGACGGGGCUCCUGGUGGCCUUGAAGAUCGAGCAAAGUAAUGCGAGCAGCAGGCAGUUGUGCUUCGAGUAUCAGCUGUAUAACAUACUGCGCCAUGGCACUGGCAUUCCAAGGGUCUACCAUUUCCAAGCGGCCAGGACGUACAAUGUGCUGGUAAUGGAGCUACUGGGUCCCUCGCUGGAGGAUCUCUUCAACGUUUGCGAACGGAGAUUCUCCCUGAAAACGGUGCUCAUGCUGGCGGAGCAGAUGAUUGAACGGGUGGAGUUCCUCCACUCCCAUAAGUUUCUUCAUCGCGACAUCAAGCCCGACAACUUCCUGAUGGGCAGAGGCGACACCAGGAAUCGUGUAUACCUAAUAGAUCUGGGUCUGGCCAAGCGAUACUGGAAUGUGGUGGAGAACAAGCAUGUACGGCACAUGAUGGGCAGCCGCUUGACUGGCACUGCGCGCUACGCCUCCAUAAAUGCCCUGACUGGAGGAGAACAAUCCAGGCGGGACGACCUGGAGUCGCUGGGCUAUGUCAUCAUGUACUUUCUAAGGGGCAGCCUGCCCUGGCAGGGUCUCAAAGCCAACUCCAAGAUGCAGAAGCACGAGAUGAUUGCCGAGAUGAAGAUGUCCACGCGGCUGGACGACCUGUGCCUUGGUUAUCCGGAGGAGCUCUUCCACUUCAUUGAAUACAGCCGUGCCUUGGGCUUCGAGGAGCAGCCCAACUACCAGGCCAUCAGGCGAUCCUUUUUGGAUCUACUCCACAGUCUGAAGAUCACCAACGACAAGAUAUACGACUGGGACACACUUACCCAUAAGAAGGAGCAGCUGACCCAGGAGAAACUCGAGGAGGAGGAGGAGGGGGAAGUCGAAACACGAAUAGAAAUAGAAAUGCUGUAGCCAUGGCCUGUCAGAAAUGCCAAUUUAAAAUACACAAUCUGCCUGCUACCAAAAUGAGUCCAAUUAACAAAGCUGGGAUUUGUGCAACGUUUGCAUUCUGGGGGCAGAUUCGGGUGGAGGAGAGAUUCUCGAGCAGCAGCUGGCAGCAAUGUCCGUCAGAACGGGUAGAAUGGCAGCAAAAGUCAAUGGGGUGCUGCUGCUCCUUCUGCUGCUGCACAGUUUCAGCAUCAGCAGGGCUGGCAUCUGGGCAUCUAGCAAGUUUUGAACAAAUGAAAACGUAGCAAAUGACAGCAUCCAAUUUACGUUUGCAAUUAAACUGACACCGAACAGACACUUGAUUUAGUCGACAGGCAAAACCCUCGAACUUGGCUUCACACAUCCACCCACAAUUCCCUGGAGCAUGUGGAAAUGUCGAUUUCUGGACGUGGCUAGACGAAGUUUGCUGGCCAGCAGAUUUAUGAAUAUGGAAAUAUGUAUACCAAAUGGCUCUUUUAUUUGCCUGUUUACGUGGCAGCAAAUUUGACCAGCUUCCCAUUAGCAGGGAUAUGGAUCCACAGAUAGGAUUAACACUGCCUUGCGGCACCUGAACAUGUUAGUGCAGUCGGCCAUCCUUUUGGUUUUAUCUUCGAUUUUUCCAGAUCUGUUUUAAAAACAGUUCUAAUUUUGUUGGUACUUUUACGAAAAUAAGUUAAAAUUCCUUUC